AUGGCGACGCACAACCGCAGUCGGAGCCCCGAGUCGACUCGCCGUCGUGCUCAUCUUCAUCGUUCUCUCAAGCCCUCCAAGCCCAACCAACACCAUCCUCACGAACGCCGCCGGCAAACCGCAGGCCGCUCGCCGCGGGGACGCAACUUUGCCGCGGCGUGGCCGACGGGGCCUGCGACGCGGGCGAUCCUGACCGGCUUCGACGCCGGCCUCUCGGCACGUGGCCUCGCCGACGACUUGGAGCAUGUGGCAGGCACAGUCUGGCGCUGCCGUGUCAAGACUUCCAUCACAACGCCCGAGUCCUACCCGGACUUCCAGCUACCCGCCGUUCCCGCCGCCGCCACCGCGGUGUUCCACCAGUACGAGCCGUCGCGGCACGGUCGCGUGGCCCCUCACGCCUUCGUCCACUUCGAGCAGCUCAAGGCUGCGAACCGCGCCGGCGAUUUCUUCAGGUCGCGAAUCCCCGCGCAGGACACCUACCUACUACAUGGCCGGGCGGCCCGCCUGCGGGAUGGUGGCACCGACACGAGGCGGCCGAUGCUCUUCCCGGACUCGCGCGUCGAGGUCGGUGACGUCGUGGCUCCCGGCACCUUCCUUGUUGCUUGGCGCGGGACCGACCACUUCACCUCGGCACUUGACUUCAUCGUCGACCCGUCCGCCCGUUGCUGCCGGCUGCUGUUCGCCCGCGUCACCGCCUUCACGUUCCCUGACCUCCGUCUCCGCCCCGUGGUGCUGCUGUGCUGCGACGUCAAGCUCGAGUUCUCCGUCGCCGACGUCGCCGAGGUCCUGGUGUUCGAGGCCGAUGACUCGCUGAUCCUGCAACUCUCGGCCGCGCCCCUCGUCUACUACCGCACGGCGGGAGAUGACAUCCACGACCGCGCGCGUGCCCUUCCACCUGAUCGACGCUGA